AUGGCCUCUACUCUUUCGGUGAGGCAAGUGAAUAUUCCUUGGGUUGGCUUUUCCUUCUCCCUAAACCAUGGGCCAUUCAACAUCAAGAAGCAUGCCCUUACAGACACACUUUUUGUUGGUGGAGGUAUAUGCUCUAGAUCUCAGGUGUUGAAGCUGGUGAUUGUCAUCAUUGAUGUAAUCUAUUUGUUUGAUGCAGAAGGUUCUCUUCUGAACCUACCAUUACCAGAAUGUUGGGUGGUAUCGAAAUUUCAUGAGCUCAUUGACUCUAUAGCCACAAGCUAUGACAAGUUUUUCUUUGGGGAUGAUGGCAGAGAGAUCUAUAGUUAUUUUGGGGGGAUUUUGCUAAUUGGAACUGCCUCUGAAGCAAGAAAUGCUUUGGUCGGAAGAAGUAUUCCAAGGUACCUUCUGCCAGAGCAUGUUACUUCUUGUCUGUUGCAUAUCUCAUUUUCUGCUCAUACCGACUUGAAUAUCAAGUUCCAAUCACAUAUUAGCAGGUUAGACAUUAUCGACUGUCGCAUUCCCAACUGUUUCCACCUUCAAAGGUUGUGUGAAAAGCCAGGGCCCCUCUUUACUGCUCAGAAGAUCACCGUUCUCUCUCAGCUUCUCUAAGAGCUACUCAAAAUAUUUUGGUCUAAAGUCAUCCAAUGGCUUCAAGGCAACAACAAUGGCAGUUUAUAAGGUGAAGCUCAUUGGACCAGAUGGUCAACAGCUUGAAUUUGAUGCACUUAAUGACACCUACAUUCUCGAUACAGCUGAGACCGCAGGGGUGAGUUACCCUACUCGUGCCAUGCUGGUGCAGUUCUACUUGUGCCGGGCAGCUGAAAUCUGGUGAUGUGAAUCAAUCUGAUGGAUCAUUCCUUGGUGACUCACAGGUAAGCAAAGGCUACGUCCUAACUUGUGUCUCUUACCAAAGAUCAGGCUAUGCCAUUCACACUCA